CAUGUCCGCCUCCAUAGUGUAGAGAACCGCAGAUAUCUCAGUGACUUUUGCAUUUCAGGACUCAACUCCACAAUGGUUGUUGCAGACUCGCAGUCCUCCGACACAGAGACCAUCCUUCGUGUCAGAGGCCGACUCGAGUUCAGAUGUCAGCUGGACAGCAAGGAUGUCAUCUCAAAAACUUUCAAGGGGCUUCACGCUCAGGUGAAAUCUGAAUCCUGUGUUCUGGCCAUUUGUGACAGUCCUGUUAUUAUUUGGCCUAAUAGAGGUGUUCAUGCAACACCUGAAGAAAUAACUCCAGAAACAUUGUGCGAAGAUUUACAUCAGUGGAUACAGACAGAUGAACAGGAGAGUGGUGGCAAAAGAUCUGUAAAAAAGAAAAUCAAAAAAAGUUCAGGAGCGAGUGUCAUUAACCUUCGGCUGAUGAUGGAGACGACAAAGACAGGCCCUCUUUCAGUCCCAAUCCUCAGCAGGACAGUCCAGAAAUCCCACUUCCUGUCUACAACUCUUCCCAUGGACUGUGUGGUCCGCACCACCUGCAACGACACGAUCAAAGAUGCCUUUGAGCGCCUGUUGGAGGCGCUGACUGAUCAGCUGUGUGAGAUGGAGAAAGUGACCCUGCAGUACAUGAAGGGGACCACGCUGCUGAUACCUGAACCGCUCCACUUCCUCCUCCCAGAGCCUAAAGGACUGAUGACUGUGGUUUACCCGACAGGAGUGCCUGACAGCCAACUACAGACACAGCGUCAGGAACUGCAUCAACAGUUUGAGCUACCAGAUGACAGGCCCUUUUUUAGAAGAGCCAACGCUUACCACUUUCCUAAUGAGCCCUACAAAGAUGGUUACCUCCGAAAUCCACAUCUGGUUCUCACACAUCCCACGCUGGACAAUGGGAAGGUGUACUUGGUUCAGGGGAUCUACAGCUAUCACCACUACAUGCAGGACCACAUGGAUGACAAUGGCUGGGGCUGUGCCUAUCGCUCCCUCCAGACCAUCUGCUCCUGGUUCCAGCAGCAAGGCUAUGUAGAGCGUACCGUACCCACUCACAAGGAGAUCCAACAGGCUUUAGUCGAUGUUGGAGACAAACAAGCAUCCUUUGUUGGGUCUCGCCAGUGGAUCGGAUCCAUCGAGGUUUCGGCUGUUCUGAACCAGCUGCUAGGUGUUACGUCCAAGAUCAUGUUUGUGAGUCAAGGUUCUGAGUUGGCAUCCAAAGGCAGAGAGCUGGCCAACCACUUCCUUACUGAAGGGACACCCAUCAUGAUUGGAGGCGGAGUUUUAGCUCACACUAUUCUGGGUGUGGCGUGGAGUGAGACCACCGGGCAGAUCCGCUAUCUCAUCCUAGAUCCACAUUACACAGGAGCAGAGGACUUACAGGUUAUCACAGACAAGGGCUGGUGUGGCUGGAAAGGACCCGAUUUUUGGGAUCAAACUGCGUAUUAUAAUCUGUGUCUGCCUCAGAGGCCAAAGGUCAUCUGAGCUCAGACAUCAUGUGACAUUGGUAAAGCAUCCACAAAACUCCAGAAUGACACCAUAACCUGUUUGUCUUAUAGAAAUGUGUCCAGUUUUGCAAACUUAACUCUAAUGAUGUUAAAUUUAACGUAAUUUCCUCAUACCAUUUUGGUUCUACAUAAUUUAUAGUCUCAGCAACAAAGGCACGACUACAGAUGGAUGUCUUUUGGUAUUUAAAAAGAAAUUGACUGUUAUCAAGUACUGCACUUUUUGUGCUCUCCAUUAUUUAAUAUUACAAAGGCUGAUAAAAUAUGUAUCUAGACAGGCUGAUUUCAUUUUAAUGCCUCAACAACAACAUAGUUUCAUCAUUGUUUUAUGGUGCUGGGAGACAUAUAACGGAUUUUACAAACAAUUAAACUGCACAGUACAUUUUGUUCCAAA